GUGUGUGUGUGUGUGUGUGUGUGUGUGUGUGUGUCUGUGUCUGUGUCAGAGAGAGAAAUGGGAAACCGGCCGGUCCUGGAUCAGUGUGGAUGGUGAGAGGGAGGGGACAUUGGGGACAGGAGGGGGUUUCAGGGUGUGAGCCAAACGUAGCCUGCAGCAGGUCAGUCUGUGUAGAGGGAGGGCAGAGAAGAAGCUCGGGGCCAUGCUGCGCAUCACUCAUUAUUGUCCUGCACCAAGAGACGACCUGUGACUCCACUAAGCGCCGUCAUGGCCAAAAAGGGCCCCGGGGCCACUUCAGUGUCAGCGCUGUCACGUAGCCGAGGACGCAGCCUCGGAUGUCUAAACGAGGAGGGACGGCGGUGGUGGACUCGACUCAGGCGCACAGUUGUGAAACACUAUGAAGGCGAAAGCAUCUGAGGGUCUCUGUGCGCCACAGUGAGAACCAUGGAUCACUUUUCCCGGAGAAAGCGGGUCGGUCUGCUGAAACCGCUGCUGAGUCUGUCUCUUGUCUUUGCGUCUUUUCUGAUGAUCCACAAGCUGAAAGUGGCGGAGAAGGAUGGAGUGGGAGUUAAACAUAUGAGGGAUGCUGACUGGUGCGGAUCCGACUGUUUUUCAUUAAAGAAGGGGGCUGUGAAAACUAGUUUGGGGAGCUCAAACUCUCCGGCACUCAGCAGCGAUUUGGAUGCGCAACGGGUCUCUAACGGGACUCCGGCAUCCUGGGACGCGCAGGUUCUCAACUGCAGCGAGGACGCGACGGUGAGGACCAAGGACUGGUUCCGGCGAUUGGACCCGAGAUUUCACCAGUUUGUCCUGCAUAGACACUGCAGGUAUUUCCCGAUGCUCAUUAACCACCCAGAAAAGUGCACGGACGGAGAGGUGCACCUCCUGAUGGUGGUCAAGUCCGUCAUCGAGCAGCACGACCGGCGGGAGGCUGUGCGUAAAACCUGGGGCAAGGAGCACACCGUGGAUGGGAAGAAAAUCAGAACUUUAUUUCUCUUGGGAAGUCCGACGACUGGUAAAGACACCAAGAACCUCCAGAAGCUGAUCGAGUACGAGGACCAGAUAUACGGGGACAUCCUGCAGUGGGACUUCAUGGACACCUUCUUCAACCUGACCCUCAAAGAGGUCAACUUUCUCAAAUGGUUCGACGUCUACUGUUCCGGGGUGCAGUUCAUAUUCAAAGGAGAUGAUGAUGUGUUUGUGAACACGCACAACCUGCUGGACCUCAUCGGCUUCAAAGUGGAGGAUCGCAAAGAGGCCGACUUGUUUGUUGGGGACACCAUCUCCAAGGCGAUCCCGAUCCGAAACAGGCAGAGUAAAUACUACAUUCCCAAAGAGCUUUAUGAUAAGCCAUACCCCCCUUAUGCCGGGGGUGGGGGGUUUCUCAUGUCCUCCCAGCUGGCCAGGAGGCUCUUCGUGGUCUCAGAAGGCCUGGAGUUGUACCCCAUUGACGAUGUGUUUUUGGGGAUGUGUCUGCAGAAGCUCCACCUGACCCCUGAGAUGCACCCGGGCUUCAGGACCUUCGGCAUCACCAGGCGCAGGGUGAGCCCUAUGAACAGUGAGCCCUGCUUUUAUAAAAACCUCAUCGUGGUGCACAAACUGAGCGCGCAGGAGCUUCUCCGGAUGUGGAGCGUGGUGCACAAUGAGGACCUGGUUUGUGCGCAAAGGACCUCGAUAUGACUGUCAAUUUAAACAUGUUCAAACAUGUAAAUCAAUUCACCAAAGCUGAACUGAUAGAUGGAAAACACAGAAGAUUACUCGUGUUUUUAAAUGGUCAUACUUGAUGAUUUUUACACUUUUUCACUGAAUCUGCUCAGUCGUGUAGUUUGGGGGGUGGGGGGUUAUUGCACCAGGCAAAAAACAUCAUAAAAAUAUACUUUUCCAUCAAAACAGUGUUCUGGUUGGACUUCCUCUUACUACUGUACUGUAUGUUCUUCUACUUUGAUGUUCCAACCACUAAGACACAACUCCGCAGUGUGUCAACACCAAAGAAAUGUCUCUAGGUUUCUGAUUCUUGGGGCUAUUUCAGUCUCAUCUCUCCGGUGUCUUAAGAUACAAAUUUGAUUUAAAAGAAGGUAUUCAGUUGUGCUGGUUUAAGUGCGUGUUUGUGCAGGCAUGAAUAAGAUUUGACGUGUUACUGUACAUCCAAGUGUUCUACUGAAACUGCUGAUUUUAUCGUAAUUUCUCUGAUUUCAGGAUUUCUGUCACAGUCCACUACACUCGCAGUACGUAGUGGACUCACUGCACUCGACACACAACAAACUGGUGCAUUUAUAGCCGGGUGAUUAUUGUGUAGGGUGCUGAAAUUAUAACAAUCAAAUGAUUUGAGGUUGUUGGGUUUUUUUUAAAAGUUAAUAUAUUGUUUUAUCUCAGUUUUUAUUUUCAAAGUGUUUAUUCAUUUGUGUAUGAUUUUCAGAAACAGUCCAAAAACCAAAGAAGCUGAAGGGCUGUACAGUCAUACUGUAGAUUGAUGUAUGAUAGUGUAAAUAAAACCGGAGCUCUCUGUCAACAUA